CAUAAAAUUUAAGAGCCACAAAAUUUAUAUAAUUUAUUGGGACCAACCGGAUUAUAACAGGUUUUGUUUUGUGGCCUUCCAAUAAGUUAGCUAUCAUCUGUAAGAAGGAUAUUGACUGAUCUGCUAGCCUCAGAGUUCAGACUAGUCGCUGUUCCACUGAUCAGAUGAUUGCAUAUGGUGCCUACUUUCAUUUAUGACCAAUGUCAUUCUCUGGACAUAUGCAUGGUCUCUGCUACUGUGUGUGUCUGUGAAUGAAUGCUUUUGUGUAUGUAACCAUGUACAGCUAGGGUUUGGCAUCACAAUCUUGUUUGGAACUCAUAGUAAAUGUAAAAGAGUUUAAGUGGAGAUAGAAUUUGAUGAACAGGAGUUUGGGGGAAGAUGUUGAUGGGGCAGAGCUGAGUGUUAUUAGGGUUUGGGAUGGUUUCUUCUCCACAAGAUGUGAGCUGUGUCUAGGCGCCACCACCAUCCAUAUCCACAUCUACAUUAGUAUGUCAUAAUAUAUAUUGCUGGCCUUUAAUAAUUUCUGGUGCUGCAUAAGAAAAUCAGUAGCAAGUGGUAUAUGAUGCAUGAUUGAACUUUUUUUAACAAUUCGAAUUAUCAAGAUUAAUUGACUUUUCAUAUGGUAUCAGAGUUUUUUGUGAACUAAAUGUAUUCUUUUUGAAUCCCGAUAAUCUCAUUUGUUAAAUAUAUGAUAUUAAGACGUGUGUAAAGUUCAAACUCUUAUGAAUAGACUUUCGUUUUUUUUUAUGGGGUGGGGUGGGACUGUGGGAGAUGGGGUGUUAGUAAGUACUAAGUAGUAUAUGACUCAUAAUUGAAUUUCUUCCAACAACUCUAGUUAUUCGCACCCACUGGUUUAUGACGUAUAAGACAUUUAAAAAUUCUCGUUACUAAAUUAUUUAGCCGCGGGCAGCCAACCAACCCUAAACAAUUUCAACUUUAGCAGUUCCUAAAAAUUUUAACAGCGAAUUUACAAUGUCUUUAAUAUUCGAUUGACUGAUCUCGAACAAGGGCUUGGUCCAGUGGUAUCACCACUAGUUUUCGAACCUGAAGGUCUCAGAUUCGAAUUGCUUAAAUAAUACGUAGUUAAAAAUCUAACCUAUAUUAUCCUUCUCUAGGUUAACCUAUCAUCUAGGUGGCAUAUCAUCAAGAAACAAUGGCUAAACAAAUAGUCCCCUUACAAGCUCAACUUGCCUCUUUAACUUGAGCAAGAGAACAAUGAAAAGCAUCUUAAUGAGGAAUUCUAUGGUAUCAAUUAUCAUUCUCCUCGCCAUAAAUAUUAUGAUUCUAAAAAACGAAGCGCUCUCCAGAACCAGAUCAAUCAACACCAUGCUUCAAACGUUUAGCUCUUGAAUUCCAGAACAACAGGAAAAUCAGAUAAAGAAAGGGUGUCUGGUUGCAAGGAAGACAUAGGGGAUAUAAAGGCUAGCCGAAGAGAAAAGCUUGCUAAGCUCUUAUCAAUAAGGUAAGCAAACACAGGGCAAGUGUGACAUUGAACUAGUGGCGGACCCGGAGAAGGACUUUUUCUUUCUCUCUCUAUUUUGAAACUCUCCAACUUCUCUCUUGCUUUCCCUUUCCAGACUCCAUUCGGGGGCCGCCGAUUCACUUCUUGGUGAUCGGCGGCUACCCACUCUUGUUUCUUUGAUUCUAUUUUGCUCUUUCUUUUGCUUUCUUCUAGUUUUCUUCAUGCUUUGCCAAUCCCUCUGUGGAUUUCCUGUAUUUCUAGCUUGAUAUCCCUAAGUGGAUUUUGCCAUGAAAUUCAUCUCUUGAGAUGGGUUUUUUCCACACGUCAGAUCUGAGUUUCAGAUCUUGAGGUCUUUCUAUAUGAUCAGAGUGAAUUGCUUUGCAAUUUACAUCUUUCUUCGUGACUUUUAGAGCUGUCCUCCUUGCUUCACUCAAAAUGGCGUAGUGAUUCGGUGGUUUGGCUUGAUGCCUCUUGGUUCUACUGUCAUGUGGUUUGGUGUAGGGAUGUUUGUCUUCAUUUCGAAUUGUUGAUGCCCUGUUCGUUUCCGUUUGGCGUUGGUUUGGAGGGGGUCGUGUGUUGCCUGGGGGUGUUGUUUUGGGGGUGUUUUGUCGUCUGGGCGAUGGUUUCUGGGGAUGGUGUCUGCUUGGUGGUGUUGGCGAUUGUGACUUGCGGAGGCUAUGAUGGCGUGGCUGAUGUGCGCAGGGGUUUGGGUGGCGGCGGUGGCGGUGUCUUUGGGUGCACGAGGUCGUUUCCUGCGGGUUGUUGUCAGCGACGGAUGAAGGCGGCAGGUUGCGGCAGCGGCAGGAGGCGGUGGGUUGUUGGGAUGCUUUUUUCCAGGACAGCUGCUUGGGACGGCUUGGUGUGGUCUGAUGGUGUUGGUUUCUUUGGGCUAGGGUUGUUUGUGGGCGGGGUUGUGGUUUUAGGUGUGUUUGUCUCUUUGAUUUUUUUUUGGGCUGGGCUGCUGUAAAUGUUGGGGUGGGUUUUCGGUGUCUUUUCUCUUUUGUUUUUGCUGUUUUCUUAUGUUUAUGGGUGGUUUUUCAUUUUAUGUGUUUUGUUUGGGCUCACCUUUUCGGUUAGGUUAGACUUCUAUCUUUCAAGGACCAUGGUCCGCCUCUGUAUCAUUUGUCCUAUUUCGUAAUGAAAUCAGGUUUCGUAA